UUUCUCUUUCCUCUAUGGAAAUGUGGCCUUUUUUAGAGCAGCUUGUGCAGCUGUCUGAUUCUCUGGAAGUUCAAACAGUCCGAACUAGUGGCAGUUCCUUAACUUCAGCAUGAACUCCUUGAAGUGAGAAGGAAAUGACCUAGAGGCCUUACAAAUACAUUCGUGCAUUUUUGUUCUGAGUCUGCAAUUGAGGGCAAACGCAGUCUGGAAGCACCACUUCUUAAUGUUACAACAGAAACAACUACCUCAACAAACAGGGAAAGGGGAAGAAGGCUUGCAAUAACAAACACUCUAGUUUUUAAUAGCUUAUAUUUGCAAAGUCUUCUGUAAACAGUCCCGAUUUUUUUUCCCCCUCCAAUAUUAAGAAGAGACACUACAAGUAAACUGAGUUGGCAGACUGGCUCUGUCAAGACAUUUGAAGAUAUUUGAUCUGCUGACAUAAGGAUUUGCUUUUUCAAGGAAAGAGCCUCUGCAAUGCUUUUAUAAUCGCUGUUGAUCGGUGGUUUGCUCCACUUUUCCUGAUACUACUAAUGGGAGAAUUAUAUUAAGGUAUUGCUUCUAAACCUAUUAUUUGCAUUGACAAAAUUAACUUUUGUAGAUGUAACAGCAAGUGACAAUGUUAUGCUCGUGAAGAACUUGUAGGCGAUCACCUCUCUGCUCCAGUUGGCUUUUCUGCGUGCAGAGGGGAUACCACACAAGAGACAGAGCUUUAUUGAGAUACUUGGGCUUGCUUUUUGAGUACAGUUUAUAACUGCAGCAGGGCUGCACUGAACACUGAAAACACAGAGUCAGCAAAUCUGCUGCCAUUCCCACUGCUGAUACAGAUUAUACAGACGCUUGCCUUUCUGAAAUGCCUUUUGUGAAACCUAUGUACACAGUCCUGCAUUGUUACUGUACAUAGAUACUCGAGGAAGGAAUUUGACAAGUGAUUGUUAAUUCAAGAACUCUCUGGACAAGCACUCACUUAUGUAUUGCUGCAGUGCACAAGAAAGCAAAAUGGACUAUAAGCGGCGCUUUUUGCUUGGCGGGUCCAAGCAGAAGGUGCAGCAACACCAGCAGUAUCAAAUGCCCGAGCUGGGCAGGACCCUGAGCGCCCCGCUGGCCUCGGGCACCCCCAGCACCCCCCUGGUGUCCCCGGCUGCUGCGGGCGGCUGCUCCCACCCCGCCUCCCACACCACUCCCAUCGCCGACAUCCAGCAGGGAAUCUCCAAAUACCUGGAUGCACUCAACGUGUUUUGCCGUACGAGCACUUUCCUUACAGACCUUUUCAGCAGCGUGUUUAGGAACUCGCACUACUCUAAGGCAGCUAUGCAACUGAAAGACGUGCAGGAACAUGUCAUGGAAGCGGCGAGCCGACUCACAGCAGCAAUAAAACCAGAAAUAGCAAAAAUGCUGAUGGAACUGAGUGCAGGAGCUGCAAACUUCAAAGAUCAAAAAGAGUUCAGCCUUCAAGACAUUGAGGUACUUGGGCGAUGUUUCUUGACAGUGAUGCAGGUCCACUUCCAAUUCCUGUCACAAGCUUUGCAGAAGGUCCAGCCAGUGGCACACUCCUGCUUUGCUGAAGCUGUAGCUCAGGAGAGGAAGAAUGUUAGUGGGACUGGAGCCUCAAAUAUAAGCCCCACAAAUGAGCUGGAAGAUGCAAUAAGAUCAUGGAGAGGAGCAGCAGAGGCCACAUCUCGACUGCGAGAAAGAGGCUGUGAUGGAUGUUUGGCAGGAAUUGAAGUUCAGCAACUUUUCUGCUCACAGAGUGUGGCCAUCCCUGAACAUCAGCUCAAAGAGCUGAACGUGAAAAUUGACAGUGCUUUGCAGGCUUACAAAGUGGCUCUGGAGAGCUUGGGUCAUUGUGAAUAUGCAAUGAAGGCUGGCUUCCACUUGAACCCAAAAGCAAUUGAAGCAAGUCUUCAGGGCUGUUGCAGUGAAGCUGAAGCCCAGCAAACAGGAAGGAGACAGACUCCACCUCAGCCCAUUCAGUGUGAGCUGCCCACUGUCCCUGUCCAGAUUGGAUCCCAUUUUCUGAAAGGAAUCUCCUUCAAUGAGUCUGCAGCAGAAAACCUGAAGCUGAAAACGCACACAAUGCUGCAGCUGAUCAAGGAGGCCGGAUGCCAUAAUGGACUCACACCCCGGGACGACUCUCCUGUGACUGAAGUGCUGAACCAGGUCUGCCCUUCCACGUGGAGAGGAGCCUGCAAAACUGCUGUGCAGCUCUUGUUUGGCCAGGCUGGACUGGUGGUUGUGGACACUGCACAGAUUGAAAAUAAAGAAGCCUAUGCGCCUCAGAUAAGUUUAGAAGGAUCAAGAAUUGUAGUGCAAGUUCCAUCAACUUGGUGUCUGAAAGAAGAUCCAGCAACAAUGUCUUUGCUACAGAGGAGUCUGGAUCCGGAGAAGACUUUGGGGCUGGUAGAUGUGCUCUAUACUGCUGUGUUUGAUAUACACAGGUGGAAGGAAGGAAGGGAGCAAGCUUUGCCUUGUAUUCAGAUCCAGUUACAGCGUGAGAUCUCAGACUUUGGGAGCCAAGUUGACAUGCCAUCGGGGAAUGGAAGCAAAUCUUCAGGGGGUCUGCAAAAGACAUUUUCAAAACUGACUUCACGGUUUACAAAAAAAACUUCCUGCACCAGUACAAGUAACACAGGAAGUUACUCAAUCCCCAAUACACCUUCCAAAAAUGUCUUCAUAAGUUCCAGCUCAGAGGAGAAAGCUAAAAUGCCCACUAACAUGGACGCACGGCUGCAGAACAUCCUGAACAUUGGGAACUUCCCUCGGACCGCGGAUGCUCUGCAGCCAGUUCAGAGCACCAACAACCAGCUCGUCAAUGGCUUUCUAGUGGAAAGACGGGACAGCUUCUUCAAACCAGAUGAUGGCAAGGAUGACAAAGGUAUGAAUUUACCAACUGACCAAGAAAUGCAGGAUGUUAUAGAUUUCUUGUCUGGUUUUAACAUGGGCAAGUCUCAGCAGACUUCUCCGAUGGUGAAAAGAAGGAACUCUGUUGCAUCCUCUACAGCAACAGAACAAAAGUCGGGAGCAGUUCAACAGCAGCCACAGUCUGUGUCUCACACUCCACUGCAUCCUCCUCAGCAAGGCUUGUCCCAGCAGCAGUCCCAAAAGCAGCAGCAACAAAUGCAGUAUUACCAACACUUGCUUCAACCUAUUGGACCACAGCAACGUGUACCUGCCAAAUGGCUCAGUAAUUCUUCACAGCAGCAAUCCCCGGCUGUUGGAGCUGGAUUGUCUCAUAUAAAUCAGUGGAACAAUCCUGGUUUUUCAGAUUUAAGCUCUGAUUUGUACAGCUUGGGUCUUGUGAGCAGCUAUAUGGACAAUAUGAUGGCAGAGAUGUUAGGACAGAAACCACAAGGACCUAGAAACAACACAUGGCCAAAUCGUGACCAAACUGAUGGAGUGUUUGGGAUGUUGGGAGAAAUCCUGCCUUUUGACCCUGCAGUUGGCUCUGAUCCAGAGUUUGCCCGCUAUGUUGCUGGGGUGAACCAGGCUAUGCAACAGAAGAGGCAAGCACAGCACGUCCGGCGUCCGAGCACCACGCGUGGCAACUGGCCUCUUCCUGAUGAUCCUCACAAAACCUGGCCCUUCCCUGAGUAUUUCACAGAGGGUGAUGUGACAAACAGCUGGUCUGGUACUCAAGGAGACUCUGCCAGCUCAAGUGAUGAGACCUCCUCAGCUAACGGAGACAGUUUGUUCUCCAUGUUCUCAGGGCCAGACCUUGUUGCUGCUGUAAAGCAGAGGAGAAAACACAGCAGUGGUGAACAGGAACCCAGCACACUGCCAUCGCCUCCCCUUCUCUCUGCAGCAGAUGACCGCAGUCAGGAUAACAAGACCAAAACCUGGCCUCCCAAGGCCCCGUGGCAGCACACAUCCUCCGUGCCCAGCACGCUGCCCAGCCAGAGCACGUCCCUGUACCCCAUGAGCAGCCCUGUGAGCCAGUGGAGUGACACCAUGCAGAUGCUCCAGUCGCCCAUGUGGGCCAGUGACUGCGCACCGGCGGCCAGCAUCUCCUCCAGCUUCGCCUACGCGCAGCAGCAGCAGCAAUCUCAACAGGCUUCCCAGCACAAACAGAUCAACAAGGGCUUUAAAUCUUUCCCAGUGAAGCACGAACGCAGACCAUCUUACCUGCACCAGUACUAACUGCUUUUCAUACUGGAAAAUGCAGCACAGGGCCAAAUGAAAAUCAUUACUGCGAUUCACAGUGCUGUGUUGGCUAUAUCCUGUUUCUCUCUUGAUGUGGGAUUGAGGGGGUUUGGGUGAGAUGGACAAACUCUUGGAUUCUGAGUUACAGUGCUGAGCAAAUAUGGCCAAUAUGUUUGGUGUACAUGAAACAGCCCGAAACUGUGAUGUAGAAAUGCUUUUAAAAAUGUGUAAUUGCCUUUACUUUCAAGACUUUUUUUUUUUUCUAAAAAGAACUGCUGAAGGACUACCAUACAAGAAACACUGUAUUUUAUAGCUAUUUUUCAUAUAGAUUUAUAGUUAAAACAUCUUACUGAAACACAUUGAAUAUGUUGAAGCAAAUAUAUAGUGGUCACUUUGCUCAACACUGUUUAUGUUUAAAUUUAUAAAGGACAAGCUGUAGAGCCUUUGUAUUCUCCAUUACAGCCUGUGGGCAGCUUUUUUAAAAUGAAGUGCAACAGCAGCUCUUCCUGUGCCACACAAGCGAGUUCAUUUGGGAAGUGCUGCAGAAACAGUUGCAAAACUGAGUUGUGUGGCAGUUUCCUUACUCUAGGUGAAGAUCAGCAGAACCACUCAGCCUUGUGUCACUGACGUUACCUGAGCUGCUUGACAUAGAUGGCACCUGUGUGGGCAGUGUGACCCUGCUUCUCACACCUGUGUGGACAGAGGGACCCUGGCUGUCACACACCUGUGUGGGCAGUGGGACCCUGGCUGUCACACACCUGUGUGGGCAGUGGGACUCUGGCUGUCACACACCUGUGUGGGCAGUGGGACCCUGGCUCUCACACACCUGUGUGGGCAGUGGGACCCUGGCUGUCACACACCUGUGUCGGCAGUGGGACCCUGGUUCUCACACAAACCACAUCCUGUGGCUGUGUUUGGCCAAAGGCAUUAUCCACACGGUGCUCCCGCAGUGUGUGAAAGCAAAGCCUAAGAGACUACUUGCAUUUAUUUAAAGUCUUAUUUCAGAUGCUACAGUUGAUUAAGAAUUGUGAGCUGGCUCAGAAGAUACUAAAACCAUAAUGUGGGGUAGCAUUUAGUUAAAAGAACGUUAUUUUUUUUAAAAGGAUAAAGUAAUUAUUUGCAGUCAAUAUGUGCCAUUAAGUGAACCUGUGGAAUUAGGAAUAAUCUUCCAACCAAAGUGGAUCGGGGCGAGUGACUGGUGCUUACAAAUUGAAGAACAAUGGUAAAUAUAUGUAUACCUAUCCCACUGUAUAUGAAUUGAGAUUACAGAAGAUUCUUUAUAUAGUUAGAGCUUAUUUAAAUUUUCAUAUUUCAUCUUUGAAAGAGUCUAAAAACCACAAUAUUUUCUGGUAUAAGAGUUUUGACAGUAUUAAUCUUAUUUUUGUAUUUUUCUUAAGUCAUAUCAUUCUAAUAUGUUAACUACUAGGUUCUAACUACAUAAUUUUUCAAUGAAGAUAAAGCACAUUUUUUGGUUUUGGUUUUACAAACUAAGUACAUCUAUAUCUAAAGAUACCAAAAAAUAAAUACAUUAUAUAUAUAUAUAUAUAAAUAAAAAGUAUACACAACACUAAAACUAUUAAACAUUUGGGUAUUUAAAACCCAUCCACCUUUUUUGUUUGUAUGGUGACGGGCUCUAUUUGCAGGCCCAGAUUGUUACCUUUUGUGCUGUUUGAGGAUGCCAAUGUUGCCUGUAUUUAUGAUAUUGUCACCAUGUUUUCUGAAACUUCAUACUUACCAUGUUUACAAAGAUUUGUUUGCUGUACAUAGACUUUUUACAGUAAUGUGCUUUGCACAAUCAGUGUGGCUUCUGUCUGUAAAUUGUUAAUGGUCUGUACUACUAUAAUUUUGAAAACCCUCCACUGAAAAUGUUAGUGGUUAUUUAACUCAUGAAUGGUUUCGAGUUUCCUAAAUCUUGUUGUUUAGAUCUAAUAUUAAAUCCCAAAUUUGGUUGUACUUACUUGGUUAUUCAUACUAAGACCAAAAUGGAAGUUAAUGAAAACAACUUAAUUUUGAACUUUUUUUCUAACAAGUGCCAAAAUGAUUGCUAUAGUUUUUGCAGUUCAUUCAUAAUUACAAAUGCUGGCAAGUUUCUGGACCUACAUAAGUGAAUUGUGAAAACAAAGAAAGUUUGUCUGCAUUUUGACCACGUGGGUGCUACUCUGUCCUUUGCUUCCGAUUGUUCUGAACACUGGUAAUUUUAAGAAUUGUUGCACUUGGCAAAUGAGUCUUGCCCUUAAACUUCACUUACACUGCCAAGUGCAAGGGUUUGGUGCUUAGUUAACUUACCCUUAUUGCAGUGCUUCUUGUGAAUAGCUAAUGCUUCUGAACUGGAACUGUACAGUUUGUAUUUUAAAGCUUCUGUAAAAGUAAACUAUUUGCUUUAUUAAAGAUAUACAUUUAAUAGGUCA